AGUUAUUCUAAGGUCAACGUAACCUAGAAUUUCCUAACCUAAAAAAUAAGGGCAAUUGUUAUUGUAAAUUUAAAAGUGUUAUCCAGUCUUGAAAUUGUAAACCCCAAUCGCAGAUGUCACUUCCUCCGAUUGCUAAAACGUUUAUGAUACUGGGACAAUGCGUUCCAAGCAUGAAACAAGGGGUUUCCAGGUUUAAAGUGAGGAGGUUGGAACUAGAUAAAAAUUUAAACAUGUAUUUCCCGAAAAUAGAGCCGGUGUUCGCUUUGGAUCCCGACAAUAUGUGCAAAUCGGGAGAUAUCGCUUUGCUCGAAAUUUUACCCGACACAACUUCUCUCACGAUAACCCACAAAGUUAAGGAAAUUCUAUACGCUUUCGGAGACGUUACGGACCCGAUAACAAACAAGAAAGUCGUAGCCGGGAAAUACAGAGAUCACUUAGCAGCUGUUAGUAAAGUAUAUGGUGCUAAUAAAAAUGCAUUCGAUUAUGAUAAAGCCCCUGCUCGUGGUUGGCAAGAGGAGAAGAAAGACUAUACCCAUGUUGAGACAUAUAUUAAGUAUCACGAAGAUGGAAAGGAUCAGCCAUAUGCGGUCUAAAAAUGUAUUAGUUUGUCAGUAAGCCUAGAAGAAUAAAUUGAUAAGCAUUUCCUUGAAAUAUAUCAAAGACGAAAAAAAAACUACAGGUUUACUUUGUAUUUACUUUAAUCUGCAUCCUUUCUAGGGCAAUAUUGGCUGUUUUAAAAAAAAAUCAAUAAAAUGUUGCUUACAUUAUGUACAAUAAACACAACUUGUGUGAAGUUAGGGAUGAAUUAGAGACAUUGGCGUUUCCACCAAUAUUUUAAUAAAAACUAAAAAUUGCGCAAAAGGAAUGCUAUUAUUACAUAACAAACGUUUAUAGCAUUUAGAGUACGAGAUAAAUAAAAUUUGGAGGGGACAUUUACUAGAGACUAAGCUCCAAUUGAAAGGGAACUCCCAAAAGUGGAAGAUUCAUUUAUGCAGUUACUGUGAAGUGAACAAGUGAACAUAGCAGUGUGAUAGAAAAUGGCAAUGGUAAGUGUUGUAAUAAAUGAUAAAUUAACUGUUUUUUAUUGCCUACAGAUUUUUUUUUACUCAUAUUAAAGGAUACAAAGUUGAAUCAUAGUGAAAUUUAUCACCCCGAAUGUUUAUUUUUGAGUACAGGGAUCUCUCAUAAAUCGGAAAAAGAUUAAAUGUUCAAAGAAUUGCAGUUUUGUAAACUCUAUUCGAAAUCAUUUUUGGUUUUUCAAAAUUUAAAGUGCGUCAAUAGAUCUUCCAAAAAAACUGAUUUUUGGAAAUUUUUAAAAAUGCUCCUAGCUACGUAAAUAUUAAUUGUAGUAGAGAAUGAUAAAUAGAAAAGUUUAAGGAAAUUCUUAUUGGACAUAACACAAAAAUAUUUUCCUCACACUUUUCAUUUUUGACAUACGAAAAAUGUUUUGUUUUUGGAAAACUUUUUUUUAAUUUUAUCUGUUAUAUUAUUAGAUUUUAAUGAUACGGCACAUGACAAGUUUAUUUUGAAAAAUAAAAUUUCUAUGAGCGUUUUUGAAAAGAAAACAACUUCUACCCAUACAAGACAGUAUCUACAUCCCGCGGGAUGCUGAGGGAAGCGUGAAGUUUUGUAGCUGGUUUUAAGAUUUUAUGGACAAAAUUCAACCUUUAUGGAUGGAAGAAAACCCAUAUGACGAUGAAGAAGACCACAAAUAAAGUUUGGGUUCAACAUUUGGGUGUGGUAUUGUGGGCUAAACAAUUCUGGCACCAAUUAUUUUUGACAGUAGUUUAACAUGCGUCCGUUAUCUUCACUUUCUUCAAAAUGAUUUCGAAUUUAAAUUAACAGUGACGAAAUGAAAUAUUGAUUUGAAAUUGAAAUCAAUAGCCACCACGUUCCCCGUAUCUUUAUAUUUUAUACUCUUAUUUUCCUGGAAGUUGUAAAAAAAAUAACGUGUACAAGAAAUAAACUUCAAGUUGCUGCAAAUGGGGCUUUCAAUAAUAUUUAUGGCGAUCUGUAAGAAAGGCAAGUAAUUCAGUCUUAAAAAGAUGCUUGCAUUUUUAUAAUAAAGAUGAAAUUUUCGAUUUUUUUUUUAUAAAAAAUAUGUAAUAAGUAAAGUCACACUUUGCUAUCUUGCCCUUUUCCUGGGAAUCAUUUAGUUAUUUUUCUUUUUUUUUUUAGUAAAAAUAUAAUUUGGAUCAAUUCGUCACAAAGAAAAAUGUUUUGCAUAUAUAGAAAAUGUCUUUCUGGCUGAAUACGAAUAAAAAGGCGCUUUUGGAUCAAUGCGCUUUCGACACUUAUUUUUUUACAUUUUUUUUAAAUUCAUCUUUUCACUCUAUUAAUUCUAAAAAUGCUUUUGUGAUACAAGGGGUUCCAUGUUUGAAAGAUGACGCCUCGAAAUAUCCCCACCAAAUUUUAUCGUGUAAUUCAAUUUUUAGAGAUGUUUUUUGAUUUUUUUAAAAUUCAUAUUUUCGUUCUAUUAAUUCUAAAAACGGGUUUUUGGUACCUUUGCUGGCAGCUAUAGAGGGUGCCACUGUUAAGGGAGCUUUCUAAGGGCCUUCGAAAUGUCUCAUCUAAAUUUUAUCCUGUAACACCAAUUGUUACAUAUAUUUUUGAUUUUUGAAAAAUGCGUCUUCUCUUUCUCUUAAUUAAAAACACGUGUUAAAAGGAUUCCAUUGGUGAAACGUAUUUUUUUAUAGUAUCCCUUUUUUUUUUAUUUAAUAGCAUUUCUUUCUUGCUAUUUUCAGUUUUUAUAAAAAUGUUGGUGCAAACGAAAAUGUCCCGAAUUCGUGGCUGGCUUCGCACAUGUAGCUUUAAAUCGGUAGUGACCAGACUAUGUACAUUUAAUUUGUUUUAAUUAUACGAUACCUGAGAUCAGUUACACUUGACUCAAAACCACUCACGAUUACACGGAAUGGAAAUUUAAUCAUAAUCGAUUAAGAAGACACAGACCAUAAAAAUUACAAACUAGUCGAGAAGCAAUUCAUUGCUGAAACAAUUUUUUUUUAGUUUACUUUAAACUGGAAUGUGGAAAAACUGCUUGU